AUGAGGCCAUUGGACAACAUCCUCACUACAGCCGAGCAAGUACUUGGGGUAAAGGUCCUGGACCCUUUGCAAUGUCCUGAUUUGCGUCCAGCCUACACGACAGAGAUUCCAGAUUCUAUUCCAUCAGAAGACAUGGAAUAUCUGGUGGGAAAAGGGGUGUUUGAUGUCCCGAACUUGGCUCUUCGCAAUGAGCUGCUGGUGACGUUUGUGCACAACGUUCAUCCUUACAUGCCAUUGUUAGAUAUCAAUCCAUUCGUCGAGGCCAUUGAAAGCAAUGGCAAACGGGGCAAGGUUAGUCUAUUACUAUUCCACGCGGUCAUGUUCUCGAGUGCUGCUUUCAUCGAGCCUGGGAAUCGAGACUCCGACUGGCUUGUUUCCCGAAAGCAAUCUCGACAGGGGUUCUACGAAAAAGCCAAGAUUCUAUAUAAUUUCGAUAUAGAGACAGAUCGAAUUGUCUUGAUUCAGGCAGCACUGCUUCUCACAUAUUGGCACGAAGCCCCGGACGACCCGAAAGACGCCCGCUAUUGGCUCGAAAUUGGACUAUCUUGCGCGGUGUCAAUCGGUCUGAAUUACGAACCGGAUCCGACACUCCCACCGGCGAUGCAGCGCUUGCGUAGGCGAUUAUGGUGGUGUCUAUACACGCGUGACCAACUGGUUGCAUUCACCUUGCGACAAGCUCCGAUGAUCAGGGGCGAUAUCCAGAAUCUGUCAUUACUUACACUCAACGACUUUGAGUUCCUCAAUCCUAUCCGCUCGGGGAUUGACGUUACUAACCAUCUCGGCUUCAAAAUGGCUCGAAGCACUCACUAUCAAAAACAGUGGUCGCAGAUCUUCAUCGAGAAGACGAAAUUUUGUAUCAUCGUCAGCCAAGUACUCUCGGUGGAUGGCUCCAACAUAAGUGCCGGAUGCGACCCACUGAAAACCUGUGAUAUGAGACUCGACCGCUGGAAUGAGGCCCUUCCGACAGGAGUUCAAUACCAACCACCGACAUAUCUAGAGAUCUCAGAGGCGGAAAGGUCCCUCCUGGCAUACCAAGCAUGGCUUAGGAUUCUCUUUUUGGCGGCGAAAAGUCUCCUGUGCCGCCUCCAAAGGCCCCAAAGGGAAGGGAUAAUCUCGAAAAGAACGCACCUACCGGAUUUCCCCGAUGUUAAGACCCAAGAUACCAUCCAAGGUAUCACAAAUAUCACUGAGAGCCUGGACAGCACCGAUUCGAUCCAAUAUCUACCGACCACAGCAGUAGCCUUGCUGCUACCGGUUAUUACAGUCCAUGUUUUCAACAUUCGAUCGGGAAAGAUGGAUCUGUGGACGGCCGGGUUUCGCUCCUUCCAUUGUUGCCUGAAAGUACUGAAAAGGAUGGGGAAAAUAUAUAUUAUCGCAGAGACUGUCGCUCACUUCCUGGAGUUUGCGAUCUGCGGCGAUACUUUGGGACAUAAUGUGGUGGAGAUAUGGCCUAGAGCACCAUGGCUGUUCGAGAAAGUCUUGACAAAUAACGAGUUACGGUGCCUUCACCGCACACUCGGUUAUGAAUAG